AUGACAAUCGUUAUUUCUUGGAUUCGUGGCCAAGCAAGGUGGCCCCUUCCAGUGCUUCUCCUGUAUUUUGCCCCCCUGCUGCUAAUGGAGGGUUGGGGCCAUGCAGCACCUUCAGGCCCAGAGUCAGACUCCUGCUCAACCUUAGUCCAGAGCCGCUUCUUUGGCUUCUUCCUGUCAUCCUCAGUAUUUCCUACCAUGCCUUGUUCCUGGACCCUGCAGAACCCUGACCCACGGCGCUACACCAUCUUCAUCAAGGUCACCAAACCUACGGAGGACUGUGUGCCGUCACAGCUCCGCACCUUCCAGUAUGACUCCUUCCUGGAGACCACACGUACCUACCUGGGCAUGGAGAGCUUUAACGAGGUGGUGAGGCUGUGCGACUCCUCUGCCCCGGUAGCCUUCCUGGAGGCUGGAAAGCAGUUCGUCCAAAUGAGGAAGGGACUUCCUCGGGCAGGCACGCCCGUCACAGGUGGCGACGGGGAUUUCAAAACAGAGUACCUGGUCGUGGGAAAGCGCAACCCCAGCAUGGCAGCUUGUCAGAUGCUAUGCCAGUGGCUGGAGGAUUGUCUGGCUUCUAGCACGUCUAGCCGACCCUGCGGCAUCAUGCAGACUCCAUGUUUGUGCUGGGAGCCGCCACCGCAGCUCAGUGAGGGGGAUAGCUGUUAUCACAAUGGAGUUUACCUGGAAAACUGCUUGCCCAGAGUGAAAGAGAGUGGAAAGGAUGCUGAUAUAAAUGGUGGCUGGAGUGUGUGGGGACAGUGGGCACGGUGCAGCAGCGAGUGCGGAGGCGGGAUUCAAACCCGGACACGGACCUGUCAGUCACCUCCGGAGGAGUCGUACCUGUGUGAGGGUGUGGUGGAGGAGGGCCGGCCCUGCAACUCGCAGCCCUGCACGGGCAAAGGUCGCCAUCUCUCUCGCAGCCAAUCGCUUCGCUCGGUGGACAGCCGCAAACGUGACGAUGUAGACAAGCCUCGCAGCGGACAGCAGAGCCCUCAGACAGUAGACUCAGCUUCAGGUGAGGAGUGGUCAGCGUGGAGUGUGUGUUCUGCCACGUGUGGGGAGGGCUGGCAGAGUCGCACUCGUUUCUGUGUGUCCUCCUCCUACAGCACCCAGUGUAGUGGGCCACUGCGAGAGCAGAGACCUUGCAACAACUCUGCUGUUUGUCCAGUGCACGGCGCCUGGGACGAGUGGUCACCAUGGAGUUUGUGCUCGUCGACCUGUGGCCGAGGUUACAGGUCUCGAACGCGAACUUGCACCCCGCCUCAGUUUGGGGGAGAUCCAUGUGAGGGUCCAGAGAAACAGACCAAAUUCUGCAACAUAGCGGUCUGUCCAGUGGACGGGGUGUGGAACGAGUGGUCCAGCUGGAGCUCCUGCUCGGCCUCCUGCUCUAAUGGGACCAUGCAGAGGACCAGGGAGUGUAACGGCCCCUCGUACGGCGGCUCCGAGUGCAGAGGAGAGUGGCUGGAGACUGUCGACUGCUUCCUCGGGGAGUGCCCAGUGGAUGGCAAAUGGCAGCCGUGGUCUUUGUGGUCGGGCUGUUCUAAAACCUGUGGAGGGGGGAGCCAGCAGAGAAACAGGGUUUGUUAUGGGCCCUUUUUUGGAGGGCAGCCAUGUCCUGGAGAACGAGAAGAGGUCCGGCGCUGCAAUGAAAAAAGAUGCCCAGAACCUCAUGAAAUUUGUGGUGAAGAAAACUUCUCCAACGUUGUAUGGAAGAUGACUCCAGCUGGGGAUACAGCAGCAGUACGCUGCCCUCCCAAUGCCAUGGGACUUAUCCUGCGCCGCUGUACCCUGGACGAGGAGGGCAUCGCCUUCUGGGAGAAUCCCACCUAUAUGAAAUGCAUUUCCAAUGACUAUCGCAGUAUACAAACUUUGACGCGGGAGCACUUGUCCAAAGCGCAGCGUGGCCUUGUGGGAGAUGGAGUUUCAGAGGUGAUGACCAAGCUGAGGGUGACGUCCAGUGAUGGGACCAGCUACAGCGGUGAUCUGCUGGCCAUCGUGGACGUGCUGAAGAAUAUGACAGAGAUCUUCAGGAGGGCAUACUACAGUCCAAGCAGUGCAGACAUGAGGAACUUUGUGCAGUCAGUCAGCAAUCUAUUGAUGGAAGAGAACAGGGAGAGAUGGGAGGAAGCGCAACUGCUGGGGCCAAACAUCAAAGAGCUUUUCCGUUUGGUGGAGGACUUUGUGGAUGUCAUUGGCCUAAGGAUGAAAGACUUUCAAGACAUGUAUGAAGUCACCGAUAACCUAGUUUUGAGCAUCCACAAGCGUCCAGUGGCGGGUCAUGCCGACAUCAGCUUCCCUAUGAAGGGCUGGAGGGGCAUGGUGGACUGGGCCCGCAGCUCUGAGGACAGAGUCACCAUUCCCAAGAACAUUCUGUCAACUGGCAAGCCAGAUUCAGACGAGUCCUCGACGUUUGUAACCGGCAUCGUUCUGUACAGAAACCUGGGCAGCAUUCUGACUCUGCAGAGGAACAGCACAGUCCUCAACUCCAAGGUUUUGUCAGUGACCAUCAAGCCCACCCCCGCUUCCCUCUCUGCUCCAGUUGUAGUUGAGUUCUCUCACCUGUAUAACGGCACGACCAACCAGACCUGUAUAUCCUGGGACGAGAGCGACAGCUCCUCUCUGCUGGGAUCCUGGUCUGCCAGGGGCUGCAAAGCCGUGCUAGUCGACUCAUUCAGAACCAAAUGCGUGUGUGACAGACUGUCCACCUUCGCCAUUUUAGCACGGCUAAAUCCCGAAAUGAACAUGGAUAAGACGCAGCUCCCGUCUGUGACGCUGAUCGUGGGCUGUGGAGUGUCUUCACUGACAUUGUUGCUACUCAUCAUCAUCUACGUGUCUGUCUGGAGGUACAUUCGGUCUGAGCGCUCCGUCAUCCUCAUUAACUUCUGCCUCUCCAUCAUCUCCUCCAAUGCCCUUAUUCUCAUUGGACAGACACAAACACAAAAUAAGGUCUUGUGCACCCUGAUUGCUGCCUUUCUUCAUUUCUUCUUCCUGUCCUCGUUCUGCUGGGUCCUGACCGAGGCGUGGCAGUCGUACAUGGCAGUGACAGGCCGCCUCAGGAAUCGCAUCAUUCGCAAGCGUUUCCUGUGUCUCGGCUGGGGUCUCCCUGCACUAGUAGUUGCAAUCUCAGUGGGAUUCACCAAGGCAAAGGGAUAUGGAACACCAAGCUACUGCUGGCUGUCUCUGGAAGGAGGUCUUCUCUAUGCAUUUGUUGGACCUGCCGCAGCUGUUGUCUUGGUUAACAUGGUUAUUGGGAUUCUCGUUUUUAACAAACUGGUGUCCAAAGACGGCAUUACUGAUAUGAAACUAAAGGAGAGGGCGGGUCAGAUGACAGUGCCACUGUACAAUAUGACGCUCAAAUGUGCCAAGUGCGGAGUUAUCUCUUCGGCUGACGUUUCCACCACAGCUACCAGUAACGCCAUGGCAUCACUAUGGAGCUCCUGUGUGGUUUUGCCCCUCCUGGCCCUCACAUGGAUGUCGGCCGUCCUCGCCAUCACCGACCGGCGCUCUGCACUAUUUCAGAUCCUCUUUGCUGUCUUUGAUUCAUUGGAAGGCUUCGUUAUUGUCAUGGUACACUGCAUCCUGCGCAGAGAGGUUCAGGAGGCAGUAAAGUGCCGUGUAGUGGACCGCCAGGAGGACGCUAAUGGAGAUUCAGGGGGGUCUUUCCAGAAUGGCCAUGCUCAGCUCAUGACUGACUUUGAGAAAGAUGUGGAUAUGGCUUGCAGAUCAGGCACUAUGAAGCGCUCAUCUCUCCAGGGGGAAGAGAAAGCCUCCUCUGGCACCCUCACCCUUCAAAAGGGUUCUAACUUUAACACCAUGCCGGCCAGCAUGGCCAAGGUUCACCUGCAGAAUGUGGCCGACUACACCAGCCACACUCUGACGCUGCGCAGGGAGAAAGGAGCCACUAAGGGAAUCAGCACCGAGCUGCCGGGCGCCAAAUCCAUCUACAUCUGCGACGGCGAGCUCUUCAAGCAGCUGGAUGGAGAGCUGCCCCGUGGGAACGGCGAGGGCAGCAGCUCUGAGGGCGCUGGCAAAGGCCCAGGGUACGUCAUUCUACCCACCAACAACACAGGCACCCAGAAGCCGUCGAAGGGGAAAGAGGAGCAGACAGCCAAGUACAACAUUAGCAUCGAGCAGCUGCCACAGACCAGGCUCAUCCACCUGGCUAACCCUGUCAGCGGGGAGCCGGUGCCUAGCUUUGGACUGAAGAGCCUGCCUGCUGACCAGAUCAGUGUGUCAUGCUCUGACAGAGACUCACCUGCACACAACCUGCAGAAUAUGCCCAGAGACUCCCAGGUGGCCAACAGCAUGUGUGAGGGGGGAGAUUCUGGAAACUCUGGUGUGAUGUCCAAGAGUGAGACCGUAUCCACACUGUCCAUGAGCUCAUUGGAGAGACGAAAAUCACGCUAUGCAGAGCUUGACUUUGAGAAGAUAAUGCACACCCGGAAACGCCACCAGGACAUGUUUCAGGACCUGAACAGGAAGAUUCACAGUGCAGACAAGGAUAGAGAAUCUCCACCUGUUGAUGCCAAAGCUGCCAAAAGAUGGAGUGUGUCCUCGGCCAGCAGCGACAAGACCAACAUGAGUGACAAGCAACAGACUCCAAGUAAGAGGGCAUGGGAGGGCAUAAGGAAGACCCACUCCCCCCCGUCCUGGGUGAGGAAGGACCUGGAGACAGUGGCGGCCUCCCCUCUGGAGCUGCAGACGGUGGAGUGGGAGAAAACCAGCGCCACCAUUCCUCUGGUGGGCCAGGAGAUCAUGGACCUGCAGACGGAGGUGUGACCCAAAUUCUGGCCUCACACCUGCAACUUCCUUUUUUUUUCCAAUGCUCUCAGACAAACAAGCAGACACACCACACACACUGCCCUGCUCUGUACUUCUACUCAAAGGCUGGAUGAGCUCACUGCGAGAACGUGAGGGCGAGGAGGAGAGAGAAGCAUCAAAAUAUCACAAAAUUAAAGAGAGAACGGGAACAUGGUGUCUCCUUCUGUGUUGUUUCAUUUGAUGUUUGGAUAGUGUUUUUGUCUGCAAGACACUGGUCAUCUUCUUGUAUAUGGUCUCGGAUACCACGCUGGCUCACAUGGGAGACAGAUUGCCAAAGUAGCAGAUUCAGCUACUAUAUGUGCAUCAUAUAGUCAUGUAAUAAACCGCAUAGAAAAGGUAAUCAUGCAAUGUUUACCCCUGAAUUAAAUGAAUACGAUGUAAUAAUCAUGAUUAUGUCUCUUUUUUUUUCACUGUUAAGAGUAUUGUUGCGUCACUGUUCUGCUCUCUCUUUCUCCUGAUGAACGCUGAUGUCGUACACGGCGGGAAAUGCCCCUGGACUUUUUUUCUUUAACAUCAAUCUCAAAAGUGAAAACAAACAAGGGUUUGAGGAGGCAGACUGCCAAACAUACACCCACGUGCCCCCCAGUGCCGCUCCCUCCCCCUACAAUUCACCCCGACCCCGUUGGCUCCACCACUUUAUCCCCUGUGACCCUGCUGGGGCAAGAUCGGCCCCGCAGUGACAAGCUAAGAGGGGGGUGGUAAAAAUCGAAGAGCCAAAAUGGCACGUUGCCUUCUCAUUGACGGACACCUCAGAGACGCCAGAGGGCGGGCCUGCAGGCUUUGCCCUCUAAUCGGCCCUCAACCUCAUUGCCGCCCACAGAGGGACAACAUGGACGUCAGUGCGUCAGUGAGCCACGUUCAACAAACACAUGAUGUUUGGGUUAGUUUCUCAAUGUACAAGCAGGCUUGAUACAGUAAAUGCAAAAUAUGAUGGUGUUUCAAAGAUGCUAAGGAAAAAGGUACCUGUGUGUGUAUGUACGUGUGUGUUAAGUAAUGAGAGAAGA